CGCGCGAAACGCACGCACGAUGCCGCGAUGAACAUGCGGACGCUACUCUUAAUAUACUUCGCGUCUUUAGUGCAAUGUGAUUAUAAGGGUGAUGUGAAACAUUUGAGACAUGCGAGGACUCUGAUAAGGCACGGGCGGUCGCGGGUACAUCUGUCGCGCCUGCACCGCGCCCGCGACCUGCUUGCGCAAAUAGAGGCCGAAACUAGCAGCGAACUUGAGAGUAUUGAUAAGUCAGGGGAAGAUCCAGUGGUAGCAGCUCUUAGACCGUACAGCGCGCCUGAUGAAGAUGAGCCCAAAGAGUCAACUGAACCGUUCCACAAACUGUUCGGCAACUUCUCAGGAACCAAACACAAGGAAGAACCCAUCGAUGAUGUGUCUUUACUUGAUCACUUGUAUAACGUGGAACAUAGUUACGAUAACAACGAAACACAAAAACUAACAAUGGAAGAUAUUUUAAGUGCGGACAAUGCUAAAGAUAGUCUAUUUAAUGACACAUUGAAUGAUACGGACAAUGUGACUAUAGUGCGGCCGACUGUACAUGAAGAUGUAGUGACUAAAUUUUUAAGAUUGAUAGAAACGCAACAUUUGCUAGGUGAAAAUUGUACAGCGGGUACACAUUUAAAUUUAGGCGAAGGGGUGGUAGAUAGAUAUGCUCAAGAAAGAUUUAGGAUAGAAGCGGAGGUGGCUGUUAAUAGGGCAAAUAUGUUGACAAGGUUAUGGAAAUAUGCGGGACCAUCUGUGAUGCAUAAUGAAUAUCUAUUGCAUGCGAGUGUUUUUUCUAUGGUGGAGUUUGAUGAUGACGUAUUCGCUGCCGGCAAUUGUUACGACCAGUAUCAGUACAAGGAUUAUCAACUUUUUUGUCCGUUCGCGUAUAGGUUGCCCGAGGGCCCAAUUCUAGCAAAGGAUCUGGCCGUUGAAUACAAAUAUUUAAGCAACACGUCAGAAUGGUUUUACAUCGCCCGUAAGAACGCAGAACGUGUGAUACGAAACCAUAAUCAAUUUAAAAGAGGUUACAACACGUACACAUAUAACGACACAGCGCACACCGAGAGAGAGUUCGACGAGAUAUUAUCAGUGACAUACGAGGACGGCAAGUGGUCCAAGCCGUACUACGACUGCGGCGGCGGCAACAUCUGGAUGUUGACAUACACCGUGCCUUUCUUUGGAUAUAGCAACGGCACUUAUUUCUUCAAAGGCACGAGUGGUAUCGACAUAGACCUGCGACGUGUUGACAUCGACCAAUGCCCGUUAAAGCCAGGCUCUACGCAACUCAACAUAUUUGCAGGAACUGAUAAGUGCAAGAAGAAAACCACUGAGUGCGUGCCGGUACCCGGGCUGGGCUUCAGGCGGGGCUCGUACCGCUGCCUCUGUCGACGAGGAUUCUACUUCCCCAACACCACCGCAGAACAUCGAUACUACAAUGGAAGCGAUAUCGAAGAGGAAUAUGAAAAACAUCUUUUGCAUCAGCUAUCUCUGUACUCAAAAAUCUCGGCGUUCGAGUGCCUGCCAUGCGCGGAAGGUUGCGAAGCAUGCGUGGAUGGGUCGCCAUGCGUCGCCGCGCUCAACUGGGUCGUCAGAAGUUCUAUCUUGGCGCUGGCCUGCUUUGUCAUAUCCUGUUUGCCUUUCAUCGUUUACUUCACUAUUAAAUACGGACACGUCAGGGUUGUCCGAGCUGCCAGUCCUGCGCUCCUCAGAGUGAUAGUACUGGGAGCGGCCCUGAUCUACUGCACCACUCUGGUGAUGUACGGCAGGCCGACCGUGUUCACCUGCACGCUGAGAGUCUGGCUGCGUGAGGUCGGCUUCUGUCUUACGUACGGCGCGCUCAUGCUUAAGACAUGGAGGAUAUCAAUGAUUUUUCAAGUGCGAUCCGCCAAAGCUGUAAAAAUAUCGGACAUGUACCUGCUGCGCCGUAUCGGAGUGAUAGUGGGCGUGGCUUGCGUGUUGCUGUCCAUAAGAACGCUGGUGGCGCCCCCCGCUGUCAUCGUUGGUCGCACCAGAGAAGACCUUAAAGCGUACUUAUGUAACACAGACUGGUGGGACCAUUCAUUCACAACACUGGAAGUGAUAUUUCUGAUGUGGGGCAUCCGGCUAUGCAUCAUGGUGCGAAAGGCGCCCUCCGAUUUCAACGAGAGCCGCUUCAUCUCUAUGGCUAUAUACAAUGAGUUCUUACUCUCUGGCUUCCUUAAUAUAUCCAUGUUGUUCCUACAAUCUCCGGCGAAUCCGGAUCUACUCUACAUUAUAUUUUUUUGUCACACUCAGUUGACAGUUACAUUACUCUUGUUGUUUAUAUUUGGAAGUAAGGCGUACAUGGUGUUUAGAGGGCACGGCAAAGACGACAGAGAGAAGACAGGCAAAUUUCGCACUCGUCCCGCUGACUCUACCUACACUAUGACAACAAACAAUACUCAUUUUUGUGACAAUAUGACUGAAAGGGAGUUAGAGGAAGAAUUCAAAAAAUUGUGCAAUCAACUCGAUAAACUGCGAGAGCGUUGCGGCUCUAGUUCUAAUAUCGCUAGAUGCAUCACAGAGAUGCAAGACGCCGCCAUCCGGAACGAACGCAGAGGCAACACAAACGAACACUCAGCGCCUUUACGAUUGAACAACGUAUUCAAUGCAGUCGCCGGACGACUGAUGUGCAAUGUUACCCCGGUCGAAGAGUCGAGCAGCAGCGGCAGAGAUAUAGUGUUUGAAGCACCGCCCGCUUAUAGACAAAGAGCGACCCCAACCAAAAGCGGAGAAACCAGCAAUGCAGAACAAAGUCAAACUGACGUCACAACUGAUUCACCGAAAAAGAAAGAUGACCAGGAAUCGAAGGAGGAAGCACAAAAUGGUGUUUUUAGAAUAUCCGGGGAAGCUAAUUGCAGCGAUGUUCGGCCUCCAGACGUGUCUAACAUAAAUGCACCGAGCACAAGUACAGCUAAUAGAAAUCCACUAAGUACUAGUAUAAUCAGAAAUUUGCCGAGUACAAGUUCUACUGAUAGAAAUGCACCUAGUACAAGUACAGACAGCAGAAAUGUACCGAGCACUAGUACGGUAGACAGAAAUUUGCCAUGUACUAGUGCAACUAACAGAAAUGUACUUAAUACAAGUACAGACAGCAGAAAUGUACCGAGCACUAGUACGACAAACAGAGAUAUACCCAGCACUAGUACAGUUAACAGAAAUGUUCCGAGCACGAGUAACAGUGAUAGAAGUGAAACAAGAACGAGUCCUAAUGCUUCAGAAUCAGUGAGAGGUGGUGUUCGCUCAGGUCACGCGAGGACUCACGCAAUUGUUAUCAAUUUAGAUGAUAAAAGUCGUUUCACAGAAGAAGUAACGGUGUAAAAUGUGAAUCUAUACGCCUGUACUUAU